UGCUUAGAGCAUGCGCAGUGCAUACUUAGAUCAUCGGCACUUUCCACGCGUGUAAGCUUUACACUUUGCCUGAAGUCUAGUUUGAAGACAGAAAUUGUGGCAUUAGAGAGGAUUUUUCUUCACCAUGGGAGGACAGGCAAAGGGCAAAAAGAAAAACAAGCCGAAAAGGAAAGAGAACCGCUCAAACAAGGAUGCAGGAAUUGUUGGAUUGACUCCCCAGGAAAGGAUGAAAGUGAGGAUGCAUGAAAAAGCCAAGAAGAAAACAGCUGAGAGAUACUCUGUCCAACAUCUACUAGAAAAGACAGAGGAAUGCAUGGAUAGUUUUGACUUUGAGACUGCUGGUCUUUUCUGUCAACGAGCCCUUGAUGUAGAAUCCAACAACCUGCAAGCUCUCGACAUGCUGGGAAACAUCCACUCUGAACUGGGAGACACACAGAAAGCUAAGGAAGUGUUUCUGCAAGCAGUGCAACUUAGCCCAGACGUAGGCCACAGUAAGUACAUGUACCUGGGACAAAUCAACUCCGGCCAGGAGGCGGUGAACUACUACACUAGAGGAAUACAAGUCAUGCUGUCUGCAUUGGAAAAAGAAGAGCAAACCAAACAGCCCCAGGCCGCAGCUGCUGCCCCCCCAGAGGAGGACCCUGAGCGUCCCACAGCCAAGGACAUUAGUGUAGCCUACUGCUCCAUCGCUGAGAUUUACCUGGCAGACCUCUGCAUGGAAGAGGGAGCUGCAGACAAGUGCAGAGAGUCCAUUGAGAGAGCAUUACAGUAUCACUAUGACAACCCCGAGGCUCUACAGCUCAUGGCCAGUUACCUGUUCAGUACAGAGAGAAACCAGGAAGGCAAAGAGUACCUGUUGAAGAGUGUUGGAUUGUGGCUACCUGCGCAGAGUGCAGCUUCUUCCAGCACGGAGGAAGAAUUGCAGAAUUUGAUCCCCCCGUAUGAGUCUCGCAUCACCACAGCCAAACUGCUUAUGGAAUCUGAGGAAUAUGAGAUGGCGGUGGACGUGUUGGAGGGUCUUCUAGAGGAGGAUGACGAGGUCGUCCAGGUGUGGUAUCUCUCGGGGUGGGUGUGCUACCUCCAGCUGGAAAAAGCAAAAGAGCAGCAAGAAAGUGAGGGAAGAGGAGUGACGGAGGAGGAAGAGGUGAAAGAGGAGCAGAAGGCACUGACGGAGGCGGCCAGAUCAUACCUGACCAACGCUAAAAAGCUGUACAGUAAGCUGCGGUGUGAUGACCAGCCGGUGUUGGAGCAUGUGGAACAGCUGCUGGGCGAGCUGGGAGGAGAGCUGGAGGGAGAGGAGGGAGACCCCGUCUUGGAUGACGAUUAUGAACCCUGUAGCGAUGAAGAGGAGGGGGACGUUGCAGAGGCACCCAUGGAACACUGACCACAGCCCCCCCUUUGUUUGUGCUCUGACUUCACUCACCUCCAUCAUGCUCCCCUUGUACUUUAAAUCGUUGUCUCUCUGAAGAGCCUUUUUAAAUGGUUAUCCUUUCACACUCAAUUGAAAUGCGAUUCACAAAAACGUUGAUAUUAAAAGCCUCAGUCUACUCAAUCUCU